AUGAAAACAAGAAACUUUUCAGAGUCUACAGAAUUAUAUCUUAUGGGACUCGCAGAUAACCAAGAGCUGCAGCCUGUUCUAUUUGGAGUGUUCCUGUCUAUGUAUCUGAUCACAGUGCUUGGGAACAUUCUCAUUAUACUGGCCACUGUUUAUGACUCUAAUCUCCACACUCCUAUGUACUUUUUUAUUUCCAACCUAUCUUUCAUUGACAUCUGUUUUACCACUACCACCAUCCCAAAGAUGCUGAUAAACAUAAAGACUCAAGACAACUCCAUCAGUUAUACAGGCUGCCUUACCCAAAUCUGCUUUGUUCUAGCUUUUGCUGGAUUAGAAAAUGGAAUUCUUGUAAUGAUGGCCUAUGACAGGUUUGUGGCUAUCUGUCAUCCACUGAGGUACACUGUCAUCAUGAACCCCAAACUCUGUGGGGUGAUGAUUCUAUUGUCUUUCCUGAUAAGCAUGCUAGAUGCUCUGCUCCAUACUCUAAUGGCACUGCGCUUGUCAUUCUGCACAAAGGUGGAAAUUCCUCACUUUUUCUGUGAACUGGCUCAUAUCCUCAAGCUUGCAUGUUCCAAUGUUCUCAUCAAUAAUAUCCUGGUGUAUUUGGUGACAAGCCUGUUGGGUGUUAUUCCACUGUCUGGUAUAAUUUUCUCUUAUACUCAAAUUAUCUCCUCUGUCUUGAAAAUCCCUUCAGCUGCUGGAAAAUAUAAAGCUUUCUCUAUAUGUGCAUCACACUUAGUAGUAGUUUCCUUGUUCUAUGGGACAGGUUUUGGUGUGUAUCUGAGUUCUUCUGGCACUCAUAGCUCUAGGAAGAGUGCAAUCGCCUCAGUGAUGUACACAGUAGUCACUCCCAUGAUGAAUCCUUUUAUAUACAGCUUGAGGAAUAAGGACAUGGUUGGGGCUUUCAAGAAACUCAUUUAUAGAAUUACAACUUCUCUUUGA